CCGUUCCCUGUGACUCGGGCUUUCGAUAAAUGAGCUGUGGUUGAUCCCGUGUACGCAUAGAACAUUUGUGACAGACGAGAUGGCGCAGGCAAGCAAGGAACCAUGCAAGAAAGAGGCUUGUGACAUUCAAGCUUGCCUCUCCAAGAACAACUUUAUUCCACAAAAGUGCCUUAAAGUCAUCGAACUGCUGGACUCCUGUUGUGCAAAAUGUGAUUAUAAUUCAACUCAUUGUGCUUCCCUCUCCGGACUUUUGAAGCAAAAGCCUAAGAGAUGAGUUAUAUUUUCAGAUUAAUGACGACUAGGUGGCAUAUUCUUGGUCUGUCUAUAUAGAGUACGAUUCUCGACCAAUUCAUUGGAAGACUUUUCGAGGGGUGUGAAAUGAACAAAUGAAUAGCUAGUAUUUUUUUUUUUUUUGUUUCUUUCAAAUUUGAAUUAUGAACUGCGUGUCCAAUGUCCGGUGCACCGCGGUAGUAAUGGUCUCUUCCCACGUGCAUGGUCAUAGAAUCAAAAAAUUAUAGAAUUUAGAUAUAUUUUGACUGUAACUGAUAAUCAAUAAUAAGAGUGAAAACAAAUAUUUAUAGUUUGUUGCAA